AGAGAACGUGUGAUGCGCGCGCGCGUGUGUGUGUGUAUCGGUGUUCAAUGAUACGUUGUCGGUCAGUCGGUGUUCAUUUAGUGAAUCAGUUUGAUCAGUUUCUUCAAGUCUUUUGCCGUUCGUUUACAUUCGGAUAAUAAUGUUGUGGAAUGAUGUCGUUUAUGUACUACUACUAUUAUUUUCCAUAGCGAUUGGGCCGUUCUACCGUAGAAUAAAAGGACCUCGUGCGAAACAAUGGGUCGCAACCCUCCUCGGCUUCGCAUUAGUGGUCUGUGUUUCAGGAUUGUCGGUCUUACAUCCAAUCGUUACCGUAUUCGUCAACGCCAUUAUUAUAACCAACUUGUCAUGGAAAAAAUGCCACCUGGUCAGCUUGUAUUUCUCCUUUUUCUAUUUACUGGUGAUCUUUCGAUUGGGCGACUAUUUUGGUUUACCGAGUCCGCCGACUCACACGAAUCUCGUCGUAAUGAUUCUCACCUUAAAGCUACCUGGACUAGCGUUUGAGAUCAACUCGGCAGCUACCGCACCAACCGAUGAUGCUCAAGGAGCGAAUUCCAACGCGCUCAAAAAAAUUAAUUUCAUGGACGUGAUACAUUAUAGCUUCGGUUAUAUGGGCGUACUGACAGGUCCGUAUUACCGUUACCGAACAUAUUGGGAUUCUCUGCACAGACCGUUUUCCAACUACGUCGACCCGUGGCCGCUCACCUAUCACAAACUCAAACAGAUCGCGGCGUUUAUCGUAUUGUUUCUAGCGAUAAACUACCUCUUUCCCAGCGACUACACGCAAACUGUCGCGUUCGAAGAGCACUGUUUCUUCUAUAGAUUUUUUUAUAUGUAUCUGACAUUCACUGGAUUUCGACUGAGAAUGUUUAUUGGCAUGGCGCUGGCCGAAUGCGUCUGCCAAAUGUCGGGACUAGGAGCUUAUCCAGUCUGCUGCCAGUCUGCACCCGGUCUGGGCCCGCGCGAUUACAAAACGAUCGAAAAAUUGUCGUUUGAUCAUGAGAGAGCGAAAAAAGAGGAGCAGGAUUUUGAAACGGUGCACAACAUGAACGUAUGGGAAGUGGAAUCGACUCCGUUUGUCAGGCAUACGAUGAAAAUGUGGAAUACGUGCAUACAAUAUUGGAUGGCUGUCUGCAUUUACAAAAGAUUCCCUCACAAAGGUUUAAGAACCGUCGCCACGUUGACUUUAUCUGCCCUGUGGCAUGGUUACGCCGCAGGCUACUACUUUUGCAUCUGUCAAGUCCCACUUUAUCUACCUUUCGAAGACCUUUGUAAUAAAUUUUACAAUCAAUGCGAAGAAAAUGGAUUUGGCAGAAAAGCCUGGGGAUUCUUCAUGUGGUGGGCGAAACUUACGUGUAUGGCAUAUCUUGGCGUACCCUUCCAGUUACUGGGCUUCCAGGAAAUAAUAUACUUUUACAAAAGUCUAUACUUUUCUGGACAUAUCUUAGGGCUUGUAGCCUAUCUAGUUUUACGAAUUCUAAAAACUCACUUUUUGAAACGUCAAACGGAAGAGCAUAAGAAGAAAUAAUUUUUUUUGCGCAAGUGCGUUAGCUUUAAAGCAGAAGUUCCCAUUAUUAUGCAAAGUGAAAAAACCGCGUCUCGAGCCAUUUAGUCAUUUUUUUUUAACUGUUGAUUCACUAGACUAGAUGAAUCUUAUGGACCAGGAGAUCGGUUUUCAAUUGUUAUUUAUAUAAUUAUAAUUAUAAUUUUUUAUAAUUGUUAUAUUUUUUUCUUGUUUGAUUUUUAAUAUUUCUUUUAUUAUGAUUUUACUUAUGAUUUUACGUAUGUCCUCAUUUAUAAACACAAAUGUGUUUAUGAAGUCAUAGAAUUUGCUAAAUCUGUAUCAAUACUUACAGAUUCAGUCAACAGUAAUUUGAUAAGAAAUAUCGUCACAAAUAAAAUUUUAUUACAAGAGACGAUAAGUAUUCCCAACAUUUCUAUUAAUGCUUUUAAUGUUUUUUUAUAUUCCAUUACACUCGGCGUAAUUUUGAAUGUUAAAUAUUCGUAAUUUUUUCGAGUCCAUUAUUUAUGCAAUGUAUAUAAUUAUUUUCAAGAUUUAUUAAAAUAGGAUUUUAAAUAAAAGUAAUUCUAUUUUUCGAAAGUAUGAAAUGAAGAUGAUUUAUGGUUAGUAUUCAGUUCUUAUUUUAAGACCGUCGUGAAUAAGAUGCUGUCUUAAGAUGUAACACAACUCUGUGACUUAUGAAAUCUUAAGACGAUUUUAUAAAUAUUAAGAACCGACUAUGAAUACUUAAAACAGUGUGAAGACAUUUUUCUUUUUUCAUUGGAAGACAGGAAUCCCUGCUUUAAGAGUCUCAAAAGAUUUGUGUUGUUUUCAAGUCAAAAUAACAAUUUAUUAUUUUCCGCGUAGUUUUUUUUAUAAAACGGAAUCAAAAUAGUUAAUAUUUUUUUACUUGACACAUUUUUACUUGUUGAAUAUUGGAAGAUAUUGUAAGUACAAAUCUGGGUGCCACUUGUUAAUUGACGCCCUGCAAAUUGAUAGGAUUUGCUACAGAAUUUUUUUACGAAAGAAGAAAAGGAACGUCAUACAUACUACUAGAAUGUAUAAGAUAGCCGACAGUAACAUCCGUAAAUUAUCGAGAAGAGCAAUAAAAAGUCUAUUUCUUUAUUUGGUAAA